AUGCUCUUCAUGUCGGUAUUCAAUCCAAUUUAUAUUCAUAGCGCCUUCGAUAAUAGUGAAAACGCCAUAUUAACAGUUUAUUUUGCAGCGGGAGUUGUAGCAUCUUCAGUUGACGUUACCAGAAAUUCCGAUAAUAGUUUACCCGAUAACCUUGGUAUAAAAUAUGCUGUAGGUACAAAACGACCAACACGCCAAGUUCCAGUCAAUGAGAGAUCAAAUAUCAAAUACAAAGACGCGAACUCUGAAAUAGUGUUACUAAGGACAGAGGUCCACAAGGAAGAUAAUUUCCUCGAUUCAACUCUAAAUAAAUUUAUUAUUAACGCUGCGCGCAAAAAUUUAUCGAAUGAUAAAAUCGACUUUAUUAACAAGACGGAUCACGGGGCGACAAAUAUUUCUCGCAAACGAGAAAUAAAUGAAAUAUUUUCGACGCUUCAAUUCGAUUUAUACGGGGAUCCAGAAAAUGGAUUUUACACCGUCCUUGAAAUAGGAACUCCCCCACAGAAAAUGAAUUUUCUUAUAGAUACCGCAAGUAACAAUAUCGCUGUGGCCUGUUAUCCCGAAGCCAACGCUUUGAACCAUUUUAGUCCUGAUAAUUCUUCAACAUUUCUUUCCGAAUAUUUGAUCGCGUACGUAACGUAUAGCCAAGGAAUUUGGAUGGGAUAUCUGGCCCACGAUAUGGUGACCUUUAGAGACAUCUACAAUAACACUUAUCAAUUCGAACUGCAGUUCGCUUGCAUGACAAAAUCUAUUAAUCUAUUCCAACCAAAUUUAAACUGGAGCGGAAUUAUAGGAUUGGCCAAAAGAGACGUAGUACAGCCGGAUACCAUUAAUACUCGCUCUUUCUUGGAAUCGUUGAUGAUAUUUUGGGGCCAGUUCAUAAGACCAAAUUUCGUGAUAAACAUUUUUGAAUCGGUUCUGAAUGAACAACCUGGAAGCCAUCAUGUAACCGGAAAAAUGCUUAUAACCCCGCACACCCAAAUCUCGAACUGUAACAUUUCUACCAACUUUGACGCUGAGAUGAGUAACAAAUGGUUUUACAAUAUUUUGUUGUAUGGAAUACACCUGAAUGAAAUCCCGUUCAUGGAAGAUUGUCAAUUCCUAAAUCUGUACGAUAUAUUAAUAGACACCGGCACCACAGAUAUCAAGAUGCCCAUCGCCAUAUUUCAAAAAUUUAAGAAGUAUAUGCAAGAUGAAUACAUAAAAAAGUAUAAACUCUUACAAAUUGACGUGCACAACGCCGCGAUGAAAACACGAUGCCAAAUUAUUUGUCACAACUUUUCCCCUGCAGGAGAUUUAGAUUUCGACCGUGGAAGAGAUAAUUUCCGCAAAAAUUUCCCGGAGUUGGUAUUCGAAAUAAUCUCAACUAUUGAUAACUCAACCUUUAACCUCAAAGUUUGGCCUUGGAAUUAUUUGAUCACCGUAGAUCUUGACCUUAACGAAGAAUUAAGAUAUAUGGUGCAUUCGCAUUUCUAUCCAACUCUACCGACUUCGAAGUUGGCAAAGACUCAAUGCUAUAAAAUGGCGAUAUCAGAAUCUAGCUCCGAUAAUUUUAUCAUUGGUUCAGUAGCGCUAAGAGGUAUAUCUAUCGCCUUCAAUCAGACAUCUAAAACAAUGGCGUUUGGUGAAGAUAGGAUCACAUGUAUUCACGAGGAAUCAAAUUAUGAUAUUAAAAGAUUCGGCAAACCGAAGAAGUUAACAGGCCCGUUUAGUUAUAAUAAAGAUAUCCGAAGAUAUUGUUCCUCUAACAAAAGAUUUUCUUCCCGUCAAACUCUAAUCACGACAGCUUACAUCUUAGCCACUUUUUUGAUGAUAUUAUUCUUGACAGCGAUGGCAACAUCACAAUGCAGGACGAAAAACCGAUUAAAAUUAUUUUGAAAGACGCUAUUAAGAUAUAUUUACGGGAUGAGGUUUUCAAUUGAAAGAUGAAUGUCCCAUAAAGAAUAGAUCACGACUAUAAAUAAUGACAUAAUGGCUCCCCAAUAAAGGAAGCAUUUUUUAGGGGUUUUUUUCAGGGGCGUUACUAACCUUUACAAUCUCAG